UUGAUUGGCUGUCGCGUGGACUUCCGUCGCGCAGCAAGCAUUACCGCGUCUUGUGUGCAGGAGCUAUAACAGUACUCUACAAAUGGUGAGAUAUUGUUAUGUAUGUAAACAAAAACAAGCUAAGAACGAAGAUCUUAGCUUACAUAAAUUUCCAAAGAAUCCAGUGAUUUGUGCAAAAUGGAAAAAAUUUUGUCGUUUGACAGAAGAGGAUGAUAUCAGUCCACUAUAUAUUUGCUCUUCUCAUUUCUGCCCGGAAGAUUUCCGGGUUCAUAGAUCAACAUUACGUGCAAAAAGGCAUGUAUUGAAUGCAGAAGCAAUCCCGUUAAUUCGUUUAACAAGUCGAAAAUGGCAAAGUUUGUUUGGGAAGAAUAAAAAAUAUGUGAAAUCAAAAAUAAAUUUACAAGCUGUAUCCUCGAAUGAAAAAAGUGAAUCGGCAGAUGUCAGGCCACAAAAUGAUAAUUAUUUAUCAGUGAACGUGCUUGCAAAUGAAUCACAAUUGCAAUCAGAAAUUCCAAACGAUUGUGAUGAAAAUAUGAAACCACAAAUUAAUGUGCCAUUCCGAAACUUGAGUGUUCAAAUUGAGACAGUGAAAGUUAUCAGUCCGCUACAAGAUAACUCGUUUUCACAGAAUGUUGUGCGAAAUGUAUUAAAUUCUGCCAAUGAUUUAUAUGUGACACCCAAAAGACGAUAUGCAGAACCUCGCUAUAUAUCUGAAAUUAUGACAUCUGAUGUAAAAACUCCUAGAAGAGCUAGUCGAAUUUUAAAAUUUGUUAAAAAUAACGACAUGAAACGACGAGAACACAUUAGAAAGCUACAGAAAAUAAACAGAAACCUUAUGAAACGCAUCAAGUCUCUGGAAAAUGUGGUCUCUCAUUUAAAAAAUAAACAAUUAAUAUCUGAAGGUGUUGCAGAUUUUUUGGUACAGUACUGUGUGAACUAAUUCAUUAUUGUCAGUGUUAUACAUGCAAUGUUCGUUAUUAUCAAUGACUAAUGUAAAUUGAAUAGACAUAUAUAUAUAUAUAUAUAUUUGUGUGUGUGUGUGUAUGCAAAAUGCAAAUAUACUAAACGUAUAUACUAGACAUAAAGGCUGUCUGUCCAGAAUAUUUCAACGAUUAUAAAAAAGUAUAAUAUAGAAAAAAGUUAACUUAUUAACAAUUAUUGGACUUAGUACAUAUAUAUUUCAUUGCAUGAAGUAACAAAUUUGUAAUUAAAUUAUUCAUUACAUUUGUACAAACAAUAAUACAAUUUGAUUGAAAAUUAUUGCUAAUAAAUAUAAAA